AUAGUAUAAUCGCUAAGAAGACUGUAGAUACCGCUACCAGAGCCCGUGGGCAGCUGCCUGUCUGAUUAAUGGCGGCUUUGUGUGCUCGAAUGACUGAUAUCGUAAACAAUACGGGAGUGGUUGUUGAGAUACGAGAGGUCGAGCAGGGAGAUGAUGAUGGGAAAGGCAAACUAGUUGCUAAGCUGCAAAAGGGGGAUCGCACAGUGAUCAGAGGGAUGAAAUUUUUGGAUCGAAUGGCUUAUUUGGGCCCCAGAAGCAUUCAUGUCACUGCGAUACUUGCUACUGGUACCACCAAGUUCAUCCUUAAAGCGCAGGAUUUCGCUACCUACGGACGGCUCGUCUUUCGGCUAGACAAACAAGUACUGGCGGUUGAUCUAGAAGAGAUGUCCGGAAUCCGCCGCAUGAGGCCGGUUAGGUUCUUAGCAUCUGUUUGGGCAAAUCAUCGAAACGGCCGGCGCGGAUCAUGAGCAAUAUUCAUCGGCAUGGGAUCUGUAAAAUCAAUACUGAUGGUAGCAGGAAAACUGAAACGGGUUGUAUUGGUGCUGGUGGUAUCUUGAGAGACUCCACUGGCAAGUGGUUAAAUGGUUUUUCUGUGAAUCUUGGGGUUGGGACAAUCCUAGAGGCUGAACUGUGGGGUGUUUUUUGGGGCCUCAAGUUGGCUUGGAAUAUGGGUUUCAGAGUUGUGGAAGUUGAAUGUGAUGCUAGCUCUGUGGUGGCCCUCCUUCAGAAUGCUCCUAUGUAUGAUCAUCCUCUUUUUAGUCUUCUAAACUGCUGUCAUCUGAAGCUUCAUGAUGACUGGACUUGCUCUCUUACCCAUAUCUACCGUGAGCAAAAUCGUGCUGCUGAUCUUCUGGCUACCAAAAGCUAUGAUCUCCCUCUUGGACCUCAUAUUUUUGACUCGGAGCCUGCCUUUCUUAGUACUGUCCUUGCUGCUGA